AUGGCCGUUGCCUCAAUUCCCGCGCGGCUUCUUCGCCGCCUCCCGGUUCGAUCCGCGGCUUUUCCACUCCGAAAUGCUUGGCACCUUCCCAAGGAGGUGCGGUGUUUCAGGACGUCCCCUUCCUUAUUGGCUCUUCAGAAGUUCAAGUUGGCCGACAUCGGGGAGGGCAUCGCCGAAGUCCAGUUGACCGAAUGGUUCGUGAAGGAGGGCGAUAUGGUGAAGGAGAUGGACAACGUGUGCUCCGUGGAGAGUGACAAGGCGUCCGUGGAGCUGACGAGCCCUUACACGGGCAAAGUGGUGAAGGUGCACCACAAGGUUCAGGAUACCGUGAAGGUUGGCUCUGUCCUCAUUGAAGUUGAGACUGGCGAUUCAGCCUCUGCAUCAACUCCCGCGCCCACCCCCACCCCUGCACCUGCUGCAUCCGCACCAGCAGCAUCCAGCGGAGGCGGUGGUGGUGGAGUUCAAACGUUCAAGUUGGCAGACAUCGGGGAGGGCAUCGCCGAAGUCCAGUUGACCGAAUGGUUUGUGAAGGAGGGCGAUAUGGUGAAGGAGAUGGACAACGUGUGCUCUGUGGAGAGUGACAAGGCGUCCGUGGAGCUGACGAGCCCUUACACGGGCAAAAUUGUGAAGGUGCACCACAAGGUUCAGGACACCGUGAAGGUUGGCUCGGCUCUUAUUGAUGUGGAAACAGGGGCUGGUGGUGCCUCCGCCUCCGCUCCCGCACCAACACCCACCCCUGCAGCUUCUGCGCCAGCAGCAUCCGGCGGAGGCGGUGGUGGUGGAGUUCAACAGUUCAAGUUGGCAGACAUCGGGGAGGGUAUCGCCGAAGUCCAGUUGACCGAAUGGUUCGUGAAGGAGGGCGAUAUGGUGAAGGAGAUGGACAAUGUGUGCUCCGUGGAGAGUGACAAGGCGUCCGUGGAGUUGACGAGCCCUUACACGGGCAAAAUUGUGAAGGUGCACCACAAGGUUCAGGAUACCGUGAAGGUUGGCUCCGUUCUGAUCGAUGUGGAAACCGGCGCCGGUUCCGCCCCGGCGGCUGCUGCGCCAACCCCGUCGGCACCGGCGCCGACUCCGGCGGCACCGGCGGCCGCGCCGGCCCCCAAGGCAGCAGCGGCUCCCAGUGCCGGCGGCGGCACGAAGGCGCCUGGGGUGCUGGCGACGCCGAAGGUGCGAGGCCUGGCGCGGCAGAUGGGCAUCGACCUGAACUCCGUGCAGGGCUCUGGCGCCAACGGCCGCGUCUUGGAGUCAGACCUCCAGGCCGCCCCCGCGCCCAAGGCGUCCGCGGCCGCGGCCUCUCCCGCGAAAGCGGCCUCCGCGCCGCGCGCGGCGCCGGCGGCGCGCAGCCUGGAGGACCAGGUGGUGCAGAUCACGGACAACGUGGGCAAGGGCAUGGUGAAAUCCAUGCAGGCCUCGCUCUCGGUGCCCUACAUGGCCCUGGGCGAGGAGAUCGAUAUGACGGAGAUCUUGAAGAUGCAGAAGCAGCUAAAGGAGGUGGCCCUGAAGAAGUACGGCACCAAGAUUACGGUGACCUCGUUCAUGCUGAAAGCCAUCUCUUUGGCGCUGAUCGAGAACCCCAAGGUGAAUUCCAAGUUCGGGCCGGCAGAUGCCAACCCUCCCAGCUACACCAUCUAUGGGUCCCACAACAUCUCUGUAGCUGUGGAUACUCCGAACGGCCUGAUGGUGCCUAACAUCAAGGACGUGGCCAACAAGAACGUGAUGGAGAUUCAGGACGAGCUGAUGCGCGUGGCUCAGGCGGCUCAGCAAGGGAAGCUGGCCAUGAGCGACAUCCAGGGAGGGACAAUCACUUUGUCCAACAUCGGCGUCAUCGGCACGAAGGAUCCCCGACCCAUCCUCUUCGACGGGCAAGCGGUCAUCGGGGCCACCGGGAGGACCAUGACGCUGCCCAGGUACAAUGCCAAGAUGGAUCUGGUGCCGCGGCAGGUCAUGAACAUCCGCUGGGUGGGGGACCACCGGCACCUCGACGGCGCCGGCCUCGCGCGGUUCUCCAACUCCUUCAAGGCAUACAUGGAGAACCCUGGAGAGUGGUGCCUCACCAUGCGCUGA